AUGCUCCUGAAUGAACCUCCAACCAAUAAAUCAAGAAUUAUAACAGCGCUUCUAAAUGAAACCCCAACUAAUGAAUCUGACGCUGAAACUGCAAUCCAAGAUGAAACUCGUAGUGAAUCAAGUGCCGAAACUACAGCCCAAAACAAACCUCUAGCUGAUGAAUCGAAUGCCGAAACUACAGCCAGAACAAUCGCUACAAGAGUGAAAAGCGCCAUACUUUAG